CAUGACAGUAUCAUUAUAAUUCAGUACAUUGCUGCUGGUAGUGCCAUUAGCAGUAAGUGUCUAGCAGUGGGUACUGAGUAAGAGAGGAGUCAACUGAGUGGUUUGAGGUUUUUAGUCUUCCUUCCUGCUGUGCUUAAGAAGGUCAGAUCAGAGGAAGUAAGAUCCAGUCACUUGCUGUUUUGGUAGCUGAUCUGAACAGGUUCUGUACUCUCAAACAUCUGUUAGGAUGGGAGGAUUGCUCAGGAUCUGGAUAUUUAAGGUCCUCCUCUUGGGAUUGAUAGAUCCAUCUCAGGCCUCUCUGCGUCCUCGCGUGUCAUUCUCUCAGGCUUUUUUUUUACAGGAAGUUCAGAGCGUCUUUUGGGUAUCUAUCGCAACUCUUCUGUGAAGAACACCAGCACUCUGCUGCUCAGCAGUGACGCUGACACACUGUUUGUUGGCACUCAAAAUGCUCUGCUCUCACUGGACGUCAGUCAACCUGAUAGUAUUACACUCAAAGACGAGCUGGAAUGGACAGCAUCUCCAGAAAAUAUGAAAACAUGUGCAGUGGCCUCAAAGGCGGAUUGUGGCAACUUCAUUAGUUUUCUGCAGUUUUUCAACUCUACACACCUUUAUGUCUGCGGGACAAAUGCAUAUAAACCACAAGCCAUCAUCAUUCCAGCAAGUUCUCUGAGCGCCAGCAGAGACCCAAAGGACGCCAAAAACUGCUGUCCCUCCAGCUCCACCCAGAGGAACACAGCCACUAUUGUUGAUGAAGAGCUGUAUACAGCAACCAAAAUCGGCUACUUCGGGGAAAAAGUAAUUUCUCGCUGUCACAGCAAAGGAACACACAACAACUUGGAGCUUGAAAAUGCACCAAAAGUGCUACAGGAACCUGAAUUCAUAAGUUCAACACAUGUUGCCAGUGAAGGAAAGAUCCUGCUGUUCUUUACUGAGGUUGGGGACUUGACUGGAGACUCAUUUUUGGACCGCUUUAUUGUGUCUCGUGUGGCACAGGUCUGCACGGAUGACAACGGAGGAAGCCUUAUCUUACAGAAGCGCUGGACAUCUUUUGCCAAAUCUCAGCUGGUCUGCCAACAAGGGCAAGAGCUCCAGUUCAACAAGCUGCAGGAUAUCGUCAAGUUGUCCCCAAUGGACAAUGAGUCUCCUGACAACACCCUUUUCUACGGGGUCUUUACCUCACAAUGGGCAGUUGCAUCUGCUCUGUCAGCAGUCUGUGCUUUUAGUCUAACAGAUAUUAAAGCAGCUUUCUCAGGGGAUUACAAAACAUUUGAUUUGAAUGGAAACCAAUGGAUACGUCAACCCAAUGUAGAUGGUAAAAUCGGCAAGUGUGGAUUAUUUAAUGACAAUGACCCUGUGUUGAACAUUGUAAAAAAGAGCUUCCUGACUGAAAAAGUUGUGCGUCCUGUGGGGAAGAAAUUGAUUUUGUCGUCCACAGAAGAGCGCUAUAGCCGUCUAUCUGUUCAGAGAACUCAAGCUGCAAAUGGACGCAGCUACACCAUCCUUUACUUGCUCACCGAAUCUGGCUUUCUUCAUAAAGUCGUCCUGCUGGCUAAAGGUCCUCAUAUCAUCGAGGAGAUUCAGAUUUUUAAGCAACCACAGACUGUGAAAAACAUCCUUCUCUCCACCAGCAAGGGUGUGCUGUUCAUCGGCUCUUCUGAGGGUGUCUUCAGAGUGCCUGUAUCCAACUGUUCAGCUUAUCCAAACUGUGCAGACUGUGUGUUGGCACGUGACCCGUUCUGUGCAUGGGAUUCAGAGACCAGAACGUGUACUACUGUGUCCGGGAUUGGGUCUAACCUACGGCAGGACGUGGAAAACGGGAAUGUCAAUGAACAGUGCACAGAAUUCAAAAACACUGUUACUACAGUGGGAAGACCUGCACAGUUAAAUGAGAAUGUGGUUCUGCCGUGUCACUCAAGAUCCAGACUGGCGGAGGUGACUUGGAGAUUUUCAAACAACAGCAUCGUUCCCCAUUUUCCAUACAUGCAGCAGGCAGACGGCAGUCUUGUUUUCACCGCCACUCCAAAGACUGAGAACACCUACCGCUGCGUGUCAGACGAACUGGGCUUCAAGCAAACCAUCGCCUCCUUCGCUGUAACUCUCCCUAUCAGGCCUCGUUCUUUCCCUCCUCCAUCACACCAGCAACCAGAGCUCAUCCCUGAUGACUACACAACAGAGUCUGAUGAAUCUGAACCUACAAAAGAGGAAAAGAAGAAUGGUGAGAAAAUACCCAGGACUAAUCAUCGGUCUAAUAGCAAUAUGAAGACAGCUGGAAAAGAUGCAGUGUGCAUUGCACAGAAGAGUUACUACCCUGAAAUGGUUGCUUUUUGCCUCUUGUUUGUCAUUUGUCUCUUUGUAUUCAUUGCUUUUGUGGUCCUUUGGAGGCACAACAUGAGGUGCAACAAAACCGUCCCUCAGAAACAAGCUAAAGACACUGAAUCAGACAAUAUCUGGCAAGCAGAACUGGAAGAAAAGAAUAGCUAAGACCUAAAUCCAGCAGUAUCUAUAGUGGAAGAUUAAACAAACUAAAGAAUGAUUCUUGACCUUUAUUUAGUUUGGAAAAUAACGGCAUUUCUAUCAUGAAAUAAAUCAGAGAUGAUUUAUUAUCACAUUUGAUGUUUAUAAUAAUUAGAUUUUAUUUAUAUUUUUUGAUUUUAGCUAGUAAUGCUUGUUUUGUCAAAACCACUGUUCACCCUUGUAAGAUUUAAAAUGCAUUUAUUUUAUAGUAACUAUAGUUCAAGUCUAUUAACAAGCUCGAGGCUUGCUGAUAGAAAAAUUGUAAUUAAACUUUAUUUGGAGUACUACUAGUGCACAGUGCACAUUUCUUAAUAUUAAGCCUAAAAUAUGUUUUAAUGUCUUUAUUAAAGAGGACUGUAGGAUCUUUAAAUAAUAUCCAUCUUUAAAUGCAAAAUAUUUAAAGUGUACCUAUACUUGUAAUAGUUCCACUUUAGCACAAUCACAUAUACUAAAGUAUAUCUUUGGUUGGACUUAAAGUGCAUUAAGUACAAAAUUAGUCCCAGUUUAUCAGACUUUAAGUAUACCGGUUUAGUAUACUAAAAGUACAAUUUCAGGGUAUUUUUGUUAAAUGUAUUUAUAGUAUACUUAGCAUGAAAUAAAUGUAUGUUAAAUACAUUUUAGUAUAUUUAUUUUUCACUAGGGCAGUCAAUGCUGAAAUCCAAAUUAAGAUAUUUUUAGGAUUUUAGAGCAAGUCAGCUCCUUUGCAAAAAAAAGGCCUAAUAUUACAUCAUUUGAUGAUGCCACGUUUGAAAAAAGAAAUGUACAUCUUAGUUUUUGUAUCACAAUAUAUGAAUAAAGUCUUUAAGUAUAUGUAAGAGAAUAAAUGUGUGAAUAUAAGAA